UUUUUGUUUAACCGUUAUAUUCUUUAAUAAGAUAUAGCACUAAUCACAACUAAAACACAUGUAUAACUGGGUUACAAAAAACGCUGCUGCAGAAAUAAGGUUGUAAUUACAAAGUUUAAGCACUGAACUAUUUGGGCUGCUAGCGUUAUGUUGGACGUAGCUAGGAGUUUACACGGCGGCAGCACAAUAUGAUCUGUCCAUUGCCAUACAAUGACAGUUUAGCGUGCAGCCUUCCCUCCCCGAACUUCCCAACCCGAGGUGAUUGAGAUGGCGUCCUUGAAAUAUAAGGGUUCCCCCAGGAAAAAGUCCAACUCAGAGCUUGAUGUGAUUGUCAGCAGUCUAAGGGAGGAGAAUGCCUAUCUGAAGAAAACCCUGGUUGAGUUAUCUCGUCAACAUUCAGAACAUAAUAGGCUCAUAGAGAGAUUCCUCUCUCUUGAAACUGUUAGGCUAGAGAGUUGUCAGCAGCUCACAGCCAAAGAUGAGAAGGUUGCGUUGCUUUCAGAACAGCUGAGUCAGAAAGAAGGAAAGCUGAUGGACGUAGUGAGUAUGAGGAGAAAGAGAAGCAUAUCCAGUUACUCCAGAGAGAUUGAAGAAAUCAAGAACAAGCUUGUGAGCAUCUCAACUAGGUGUCAAUAUCUUGAGAGCAAAGUUGCACAGAAGAAGGACUCGACUUCAGAUGAAUGGACCUCAACCAACACCACAAUAGAGCUCCAAAAUCACCUGAAUUAUGCCUUGGAGAAGAACAAGCAGUGGCUGGAAUAUGACAAGCAGAGAGAGGCCUAUGUGAGGGCAACCCUGGCCAGAAUGUUAUGGCUGGAGAAUGAGCUGAACAAAGCCAAUCAGGCUCGCCUCCAGCAACACAAUGAGGACCAUUCAGAUGUGAGGGAGCGAAUUAGCCAGGUGCAGGAGCACUAUGAAAGUCUCCUGCAGAAAGCCAAAGACGAGCUGGAGGUGCUCAGGGAGCAGCUCGACAUGGCCCACCAGAACCUGAAAGUUACCCAAAACUGGUGCAAGGAAAAGGAGUGCGAGGUGGAAGAGCUCAAGCAGCAGCUGCAAACUGAAAAUAUCAGCAUAAAAAGUGCACCAGAAGACCCUAAUCGCUCUGAGGAUGAAGAACAAUGGCUGACUGCUGAGACCGAAGACCUCCAGUGCAGACUGGACGAGGAGAAGCGCAGGUCAGCUAACUUUGAGAUGCAGUUGACAUUCUUUCAGAAGUGCUUGAAAAAUUGUCACCGUGAAGACCAGGAAAAGAUUGCAGAUCUGGAGCGACAGAUCAACAUUUAUUCACAAGACCUUGAAGAUGAGAUGGAGAAUUGUUCGUAUUUAAAGAAGCAAAUGGUCAGAGUCCUGAAGAAACUGCAGAAAUCCAAAGACCCUGGGACAAAAUCGUCAAAGAGAAAUCCGCAGGAUGGCAACUCAUGUGAAGCAGCACACACACCCUCGCUGUGCUCCAGAGACAGCCUUACACGCUCCCCCCCCAGCAACUUGCUCAAUGAAAGCUUCCUGGAGUGUCCCAGCUGCCGGACCGAGUUUCCUGCCUCUCACUACAGAGAACUGCUGAUCCACCUAGAUGACUGUAUUGACUGAGCUGAGCUGAGAACUUCUUCAGUUCUGCACCUUCUGUCAUAUGGAUUGUUUUUAACUAUACUGUGUCACCAGAGCUACAAGUUAUGUCAAUAAAGUAUGUGUUAAAUUUCUGA